AUGAAUAAGUCACGAAAAAACCGUUCAAGCAUAUUCCGGGGCCACCCUGGCCGGCGAUCAGUGGAUAACCGGCCAUGUUCCCGGAUUAUCCCGUCCAUUUUCUCCGGCACCGGCGUUUCCCAUGCCAAAUCUGUUGAUGGAGAUGACUACUCCGACGUCUUUGGAGGCCCGCCAAGAUCACUUAUCGUCCACAAAUUCUCUAACUCCGAUUCGUUGUACGAAGAAAUCAUCCGCAUGCCGGAGUUCACACCUCCGGCGGAGAAGUGUGACAUAACCUUGCCGGUGUUCAGGAUUCCGGCGAGAAACGAAGGAUUUUUCAGCGAUAUUUUUGGGUCCGACGAUGACCGGAAAUCAAGAGAGCGGUCUGGGUCCCUGUCAAAGGCAAAUUCGUCGUCAGCACUGAGUUCGGAGGAAUUAAGCCCUUGCCGGACGACCAUCGGAGACGACGUGCCACUGUCUGGUCUUGCUUCAAAGCUGAGGCCAAUCAGUGUCCCAUGGAAAUGGAACUCAUCAACUAUUGUACCUGAAGAAUACCCAAGUAAACAAGAGGUAUCAUUUUUUCCAUGCAAUGUUCAAUCAUUUGAAAAUAAUGAAUGCAAGCCAAACUUCAAAAGCUCUCCUCAUGGAUUCUCGAAAAGAGUCUCAUCCCCGGAAACAAUUAGUCUCGGAUCCUGUUCAUAUCAAGGUGUCAAAGUAUUCGCCGAUGACUCAGAGUUCAAUUCUCCAUCUGAAUCAAAAUGUUCAUUUCAUGAUCAAGUCCUUUCAGAACAAAUUAUACAACAGGAUGAUGAUGAUGGUGAGAGUGAUGAUGAUUGCAGUGAUGAUGACGAUUGUAUGAGCUCUUAUGUCAUAGAGAUUAACUCUGACCUCAGAAAGGGAGAAUGUGAAGCAUCAGACAUUGAUGAAGCAAUUGCAUGGGCCAAAGAGAAGUUUCAAUCAGGAAGCUCCGAUGAAGAGUCGAGAAUGAAAAACAAUAGCAAUGAGCAGACUGUUCAAAGACAAGGAAGCCCUGAUGCAAGUGAAUACCAUGAUAAUGAAAUUAGAAAUAUUCAACCUCCUAAGAAGCAAGAGACAGACACAGAGAAGUUGGAUGAAAAUAUAAGAAUGUGGUCAUAUGGCAAAGAAACUGACAUCAGGCUACUGCUCUCAACACUACACCAUAUUCUAUGGCUGGAGAGCGGCUGGUAUACUAUUUCACUUGUGAAUCUAAAGGAAAACUCACAGGUGAAAAGGGCUUAUCAGAAAGCAAGGUUAUGCCUACAUCCAGACAAACUACAACAAAAAGGAGCAACAUUCCUUCACAAGUAUCUUGCAGAGCAAGCUUUCUCCAUUCUUCAGGAUGCAUGGGCUGCAUUCAUUUCUGAAGAUGUUUCAUUUUGA